AUGUUCUCGAGACUUGCUUCUGCAUUGACUUUGGUACUAUCUUUGGUGGACGGCCAAUUCAACAAUCCACCUGGUGUGGAUAUAUGGUGUGGAAAAGCUUACAGAGACACCAAUGCUUCCUUCAACCCAGGAGGCUGGUUUGAAGAACCAGCCAAGUCUGAAACCCCUUUGAUUGACUUCAAAAUCAAGCCUAGAACGAACUUGUAUCUAGAAGACGACACUGUCUCAUCGUUCAUCGUUGACGCACCAAUGAACUGGUACCGCGGACAUGCUCUACCUGACAGCAACACUUCUAUACCAUCAAGCCACAGCUCAGAAAUUAUGCUCGAGAUCAAAGCUGGAAACCAAUCGCUAUGCUUGAACAAAACGUCCAUCGCCCUCGGAUCCAUGGACAAUGAGAUUCCCUUCGAUGUUUCCUCUCUUGCCGUUUCGCGCGAACCCCAUAACAUCACUAUUGUCGGUACUCUUGCAGGCCACAUGAGCUCCACCUUCACCGCCACAACCCGGCUCACGAAACUGCCCCUUCGAAACGACAACGGCACCGUGACGCGCCUCGACAACCUGUACGGUGGCCUCUCAGUCCGUAAAGGCUUAGCAAAACAAUGGACUUCUUUGUUUCCCUACACCUACUACGUCCAAUGGAGCUUAUACUGGAACGCCAACAUCUCCACCUUGGACGACUUUGCAUCAAUGGGGUACAAUGUGAUUCACAUUGUCCCCACUGGCGAUUUAGGCAAUACUCCCUUCCCCUGGGAUGAAUUCCAACCUUACCUCGAUCGCGCUGCUGAGCUAGGGCUGUACUUUAUGUACGACGUACGUUGGGAUUACACAAAUCUGACUACUAUGGUGGAGCAAGUGCAGCGUUUGCAAAACCAUCCUUCGAUUUUACUCUGGUACACAGCCGAUGAGCCUGAUGGAAAGUCCGUGCCGACAAACUCGACAAAGAUUGCCUAUGACACUAUCAAAGGCAUCGAUGCUUAUCAUCCAGUGUCUCUGGCACUCAACUGCCGGGAUUUCUAUUACGCAGACUACGCGGCGGGUGCUGAAAUCGUUCUUGAAGACGUCUACCCCAUCAGCACAAACGCUUCUUGGUCCACUGUGUACAAUACACCCUGCAAUGCAACAUACGGCUGCUGUGGCUGCGACGACUGCGAAGGCAGUUUUGCCGACAUCUCCACCCGGCUAGACGAAUACGCUUCCAAAGACUCUUUGCUGGGAUGGCAAAAGAUCCACUGGGCGGCUCCUCAAGCAUUCGGCAAUGAAACGUUUUGGACUAGAUAUCCCACUGCUGCUGAAGAAGUGGUGAUGAACAUGUUGAGUAUCAAUCAUGCGGCCAAAGGCAUCGUGAUGUGGGAUUUCCCCACAAAGGAUGAUAUCCUCAACGUGACGAACAAGUUGGCCACUGUGCUGACGAAGGAACCAGUGGCGGGGUUUUUAAUUGGCGAAAAGUUGGUGCAAGGGCUGAAGGUCAGUGGUGCUGGAAAUGUGGAUGCUGCGGCUUGGGUUGGGGACGAUGAGGUUUUGGUGUCUGUUGUCAAUCUUGACUAUGGCGACACGAGGUCUAACGUUACCGUCUCGUUACCUGGAGAGGUAAAAGUUGCAGGGACUCUAGAAAGUCUCUGGGGUGACGCUUGUUGGGCUGGUCAUGGCGACAAGAUCUCUGUCGACAAACUUAAGGGUCUGGAUGUCUCUCUGCUGCUGCUGAAGCGUGCGUAG